AUGUCGAGCUUCAAGUCGAAAUUCAGCCAUCUUCCCCGCGCAGCAGCGGGACCUCUGACAUGUCCAUACAAGGGUGCAUCGGUACUUCAGUCAUCACAGUUUAAUAAAGGUUCUGCCUUUCCGCACCAUGAGCGAGAUGCCUUUAAGCUGCAUGGUCUCCUGCCGCCAAACAUUCAGACGCUGGAUGAGCAGGUCCAACGCGCCUACCAGCAAUACAGCAGUAGAUCGGACGAUCUGGCGAAGAACACGUUUUUGUCUAGUAUGAAAGCACAGAAUGAAGUGCUUUACUACAAUCUUGUUCAAACUCAUUUAAAGGAGAUGUUCAGCGUGAUUUACACGCCUACUGAAGGUGAUGCGAUCCAGAAUUACUCGCGGCUGUUUCGAAAGCCCGAGGGAUGCUUCUUGAAUAUCAAUGAUCAAGAACGCAUCGAUGAGAGCCUCUCGGCCUUUGGGGUUGUUGAGGAUAUUGAUUAUAUUGUGGUUAGCGAUGGAGAGGAGAUCCUAGGUAUCGGCGAUCAAGGCGUGGGUGCCAUUCUCAUCUCGGUGGCCAAACUGGUUAUCACCACUCUUUGUGCGGGAAUUCAUCCAUCACGCCAACUACCAGUGGUGUUGGAUUGCGGAACAGAUAACGAAGAACUUCUCAGUGAUGAUCUUUACCUGGGCUUGCGACAGCAUCGUGAAAGGGGCCAGAAAUACGACGACUUUGUGGACAAGUUCGUCCAAGCUGCUCGAAAGCGCUUCCCUAGAGCUUACAUCCAUUUCGAGGACUUUGGAUUGAGCAACGCACGAAGAAUCCUUAAUCGGUAUCAGUCCCAGAUUUCAUGUUUCAAUGAUGACAUCCAAGGAACAGGGUGUGUCACUCUUGCCGCCAUGUUAGCUGCACUGCAAGUGAGCAGCGUCAAGUUGGAAGAUGUACGGGUAGUGAUCUUCGGAUCUGGAACUGCCGGUAUUGGCAUCGCGGAUCAAAUUGCAGAGACCAUCGCAACCGAAACAAACAAGUCCAAAGACGAUGCAUCGAAGCAGAUAUGGUGUAUUGACAAGCCCGGUCUUCUUGUGAAAUCUCUUGAUCAAAAGUUGACCGACGGGCAACGGUCUUUCGCACGAGACGACAAAGACUGGUCAGACAAUGAGCGGGACUUGCAAUCAGUUAUCAAGAAGGUUCAGCCUCAUGUGCUCAUCGGUACAUCCACGAAGCCAGGCGCCUUUACUGAGGAUGCGAUUCGGGAGAUGGCGCGCCAUGUGGAAAGACCUAUUGUUUUCCCUCUUAGCAAUCCCACCCGACUUCACGAAGCGAAGCCCGAUGAUCUAUACAAGUGGACAGAAGGAAAAGCACUCGUUGCCACAGGCAGUCCAUUCGAACCUGUCAAUUAUAAGGGCACAGAGUAUGAAAUUGCCGAAUGUAACAACUCAACAUGCUUCCCUGGAAUUGGUCUUGGCGCAGUUCUCUCUCAAUGCCGGUUGAUCUCGAAGAAGAUGCUUGUCGCUGCUGUGGAAGCACUCAAAGCAGAGUCACCGGCCCUGAAAGACUCCAAUAAGCCGCUUCUUCCCGAUGUCCAGAACGUGCGUGAAAUCAGUGUGAAUAUUGCUGCCGCUGUCAUCAAAUGUGCGGUGGAGGAAGGGCUUGCGCAGCAGGAUGGCAUUCCCGAUAACGACGCCGAGCUCCGGGAAUGGAUUCAAGCCCAAAUGUGGGAGGCGGGCUACAGACCUCUCGUCGGUGAGAAGUGA